ACAGGUCAGUUUAUGAAGAAUCAGAAGAGAAGUUUCCUUGUAGCUUUUAAAGAUGAGACAAGAGAAGACAAGAUGAAAUCAACAACAACAGAGGUUUUGACACAAACCCUUUCAGUAACAUUACAACAUCUACCUUUGGAGUACUGAAACCUCCAGAAACCUUCAAAAUAAAACUGGCUUGAUAAACAUUAAAACAUUCAUUCUUCAGUUACAUAUAAACAUUUUCAAAAGCAUUCUACUUCGACGAACACACACCGGAACCUUCGUGUCUCGACAGCUCUACGGACAGUUUAAGCGUCGGACCUGUUCAGGAAACGCCUCCGAGCUGUGACCUGCUCGGUGGUGUUACCAGUAAAAUGGACUUGUAGCUGAAAAGAAAAGCCAUGUUUAACAUAAGGGCGAUGCAGAGAAACAAAACAGUUAGAUAUGGAGUCCCCAUGCUCUUGCUCGUAGUUGGAGGUUCCUUUGGCCUGAAAGAGUUUACACAACUUCGGUAUGACGAGCAGAAGAUUCGAAAAAAGCUGGAUCCGUCGCUGGAGGCCAAAGUGAACGUCCAGAAGCAGUCAUCCAUACUGGAGGAGGAGUAUGAGAAGUUGAAGGAGGCGAACUUGGACGAGUGGAAGAACAUCCGAGGUCCUCGUCCCUGGGAGGACUCCAAGGAGUACCAGGAGCAGCAGCGCGCCCGGCAGAACAGGAAAGACUGAGGUCCAGGGAUGACAGGCGGAGCGGACUGCACACACACACUGCAGCAGGGCGGAGCAGACGAGAGAGGACGGAGUCUGUGGCAAAGAUGCCACUGAGACCUGAUGACCUCAGGCGCUGCACCUCCAGGGCACGGAUGCACCUUGUUUGAUCUUUGCUUGUGUUUGACUUUAAACUUUGGAAAUGUGCUCCUCUAAAAAAGUUGUGGUCGCGUACUGAUGGUUAAAAUGUUGCCCAAAACCUUGAAACAAGUUCAAGGUUAGUCCUAAAUUUAAAGACUUAUAGUUUUAUACACAGGAGUAUAAAGCAGUCACCUGUUGGCAGUUUAUUGUGAUCAUCAGGAGUUUGUAUGAAAACAACAACCAGUAGGUGGCACAUCUGCGUCCUGCUGCGCCUUCACAGAGCAGAGAAGAAAAUAUAUAUCAGUGUAUGAUUUCCAUGUCUCAAUAAAUUAUGUCCUAUUGAUCCAAA